GUUUAACUUUGGAUCGAAAGUCUACGUUUGUUUGUUUAAAAAUCUUCAAUCCGCCCAUGUCCGCAAACACGUAUUUUAAAUUCAAGCCUCAUCGUGAGCAAUCCUCGUAACGAUCCUUCAUCGCCAAUGUCUAUUCCAACAGCCCCUCUCGGCCGUAACGGCCCGCAGGUUACCCGUCUAGGCUUCGGCCUCAUGGGCCUAUCCAUUGCAUACGGUACUCUGAAACCUGAUUCCGAGCGUCUCGCACUCCUCGACCAAGCCUACGCCCUCGGCGAACUUUCAUGGGACUCAUCCGACUUGUAUGGAGACAACGAGGACCUGUUGGGAAAGUGGUUCGCCGCCAAUCCCUCCAAGCGCAAAGACAUAUUCCUGGCCACCAAAUUCGGAAUCAGUCAGGGCGGCGCAGUCGUCGAUAGUAGUCCCGAGUACUGCUUGGAUGCAUGUGCCAAAAGUCUGGCACGGCUAGGAGUUGAAUGCAUUGAUUUGUAUUACUGCCACCGCGUAGAUCAAAAGACGCCGAUUGAGCGGACCGUGGAGGCAAUGGUGCAGCUGAAGAAUGAAGGAAAAAUCAAGUACCUUGGUCUUUCGGAAGUCUCUUCAGAUACGCUCCGCAGAGCGUAUAAAGUGCAUCCGAUUUCAGCAGUACAGGUUGAGUACUCGCCAUUUGCGCUCGAAAUCGAGAAGCAAAUCGACCUCCUCAAGACAUGCCGCGAGCUCGGCGUCGCGGUUGUUGCGUACUCGCCGCUCAAUCGUGGCAUGUUGACAGGAGCUUUCAAGGGGCCCGAGGAUUUCGAAGAAGGGGAUUUCAGAUCUUAUGCACCGAGGUUCAGCAAGGAAAACUUCCCUAAGAACUUGAAAUUAGUCAAGCAACUGUCGACUAUCGCGGAGAAGAAAGGUUGCAGUCCAGGCCAGCUGACGUUGGCGUGGUUGAUGGCUCAGGGUGAGGACAUCUUUCCUAUUCCCGGCACGACGAAAGUGGAAAGAUUGAAGGAGAACCUGGGCGCGUUUAAUGUGUCUCUGAGCGAGCAAGAGGAGAAGGAGAUCAGAGGAAUGGUUGAGGCUGCGGAUGUUGGUGGUGAGAGGUAUCCCGAAGCUUUCAUGCAACAUUGUUACGCGGAUACCCCGCCUUUGGUUUAAAUAGGUUCGGUCGUAUGCCUCAAGGUCAUGUCAUUAUUCGAGAGUUUUGUACCAAUCUCAACAGUAAUCGAUGUUGAAUGUAUUACGACUUAUUUGGUA